AUGGGAUCCGUGCAACCAAUUUCACAGCAACAAGCACAACAACAACAACAACAACAACAACAACAAAUCCUUCAACAAAUUCUGCAACAACAACUGAUUCCAUGCAGGGAUGUCAUCUUGCAACAACCCAACAUAGCACAUGCAAGCUCACAAGUAUCGCAACAAAGUUACCAACUUUUGCAACAAUUAUGUUGUCAGCAACUGUGGCAGACCCCUGAGCAGUCACGGUGCCAAGCCAUCCACAAUGUCGUUCAUGCUAUUAUUCUGCAACAACAACAACAACAACAGCAACAACAACAACAACAACAACAACAACAACAACAACAACAACAACAACAACAACAACAACGACAACGACAACGACAACAACAACAACAACAACAACAACAACAACAACAACAACCGUCGAGCCAGGUCUCCUACCAGCAGCCUCAGCAAAAAUAUCCAUCAGGCCAAGGCUCCUUCCAGCCAUCUCAGCAAAACCCACAGGCCCAGGGCUUUGUACAACCUCAGCAACUGCCCCAGUUCGAGAAAAUAAGGAACCUAGCGUUGCAGACGCUACCAGCAAUGUGCAAUGUCUACAUCCCUCCAUAUUGCUCGGCCACCAUUGCGCCAUUUGGCAUCGUCGGUAGUAACUGAGAAGAGAAGAACUUUAGUACUAGAUAUAUGAAACACCAUUUUCUUAGACAAUGGUUUGGUCGUUGUAACCAUGAAAAAAUAAAGUGACAUGCACAUGUCAUGUAAGAACCCGAACUAUACUAGUUCAAACUUGGGAAUAAAAGACAAACACAGGUCUUGUUUGCAUA